AUGCCAGUGACGACCACAAAGUCUCCGCCACCCAACACUGUCCCCACCACUGUCCUUCUACGGGGCUCCACAGUGUAUGGGGACAGGCGGCACAACAACACCUCCAGAACGACCCCCAUGACCAUGACAGUGGCUGCUAAUGAUACUGGCUUCAACUCCAGCAAGCCGCCCGAGCCAGUGGCUGGUGGGUAUGGUGCACCAAUGGUGCUGGUACCCUUUGGUAUCAUCACUGUCAUAGGUCUGGCUGUCGUCAUGAUUCUGUACAUCAGGAAACGUAACAGGUUAGAGAAGCUGAGGCUGCAGCUGAUGCCCAUGUACAGCUUUGACCCGGCCGAAGAGCAGGCUGAGCUGGAGAGCGAGGUGCUGGAGCAGAGCCGGGAGGCGGCUGCUGCUGGAGCUGAGCUCAAGCAGACCAUCUGACAAGCAUGGCACUGUUAUGAAGGAGAUGCUACUGCAGUGUUCCUUUUUGCUCCAGCUGCAAACAAAAGAAAAUCCAUAUUUGAAUUUCCACGAUUUCCCUCUGGAUGAUAAAAUACGUGGUCUUUUUUUGGAAUGUGCUGGAGGGAUUUUAUCACUUGGCGGGCCUGGGAACGCCUCGGCAUCCCCCACGAAGAGCUGGUAGAGGUGGCUGGGGAGAAGGAGGUCUGGUUGUCUCUCCUGAAGUUGCUACCCCCAGAACCCGGGACCUGGGAUCCCAGACAAUUAAGUGGAUGGUGAUAAGAAUAUAAGAAAUUUGCAAACGAGAGGAGGCCAUUCGGCCCAUCAAGCUUGUUAUCUAGCUCUGAUUUAAAGGAACCCAGGGUUUUAGCUUGUGCUACACUAGCAGGAAGACUAUUCCAUACUCUAACUACACACUGUGUAAAGUAGUGCUUCCUCAAAUUCAUUUUUAAAUGUUCUCCCGCUAACUUCCACUUAUGGCCACGUGUUAUAGUAUUUAAACUAAUAUUGAAGUAGCCAUUUGGCUGAACAGCAUCCAGUCCUGUUGGAAUCUUAUAUACCUGAAUCAUGUCCCCCUUAGUCUCCUUUGCUCGAGGCUAAACAUAUUGAGCUCAGCUAUCCUCUCCUCAUAAGACAUUCCACUAAGACCAGGAAUCAUUUUUGUAGCCCUACGUUGUACCCUUUCCAAGGCAGCAAUGUCCUUCUUAACGUAUGGUGACCAAACUCACCUCCCUUGACUUAAUCUCCACACACCUAGAGAUGUAACCCAACAUCCUAUUGGCCUUUUUUAUUGCUUCCCCACACUGGUGAGAGUGGGACAUGGAAGCAUCAACAAACACACCGAGGUCUUUCUCAUAAUCAGCUACCUUUAUUUCAGUCUGUGCUUUAUAUGUCUGCUUCCUGCAUGGAUUACCUUACCUGGCAGAUUAAAUUUAACGUAGAUAAAUGUAUCAGCCCAGUCGCUAAUUAAAUCAAGAUCUCAUUGUAGCCUCUGUGCUGCUAGAUGGAUGGAUGCAUGGGCUCUCACUGAUUCCCGCUAAUGCAUUGCAGUGCUUUUAAGGAGCGCGAUUGGAAUACACACUCAAGGGAGCGCAAAGAUGGGUGGUGUGCAUGACUGUAUGCGGUGGGCCGGCCUGGACCAAAAUGCCAGGGCCAAUGUUUUUGUCCCAGUCCGUCCAUGAGUGAGAAAGUAUAAUUCUCUUGUAUUUGAACAUUGUGGUGCAGUGCUAGAGUAACCUAGAAGUAAAGGUAGCCUGCUUAGAGUCAUUGUGAAAAGGGCCUAACCCUAUCUUGAACACUAUUCUCAACACACAUUGGUUAUCUGGUGGCACCAGCAAAAACAGCAGUUAAGCUAAUUACAUUCAGCAGUCAUCCUCAUACCUAGUAAUGAAACUAAAAACACGGAGACUAACUCAAAAUGAAACAGACUGACAUCCACGCUGGCAGCCUGACAAACACUCAUGUAGACGCUCCCCAGCAAUAGCACCAGCACAGGCACAAAACACCAAACCAAACCAGGGGAUACCCAGUAUUAAAUAACGCUGAGUAAUGGUAGCAUUAAAACUGCAAACAAAGACAAACAUCCACACUUCCAGGCCUGCAAUAUUCUUCAAUGUACUGCAAAAGUAUAAUCAAAACAAACGCUGAGAAACUGUCCUAAGCCGAGGUAACAGGUACCACCCAGAACAUUCUGAAAACCUCUUCUUCUGAAAAUCAAAAUAAAAACCAAUCACCCUCAGUCCCAUUUAAUGAGAAUUACUGCUGAAAAACAAAAAACCUUCAGGCUGCUUUCUGCUGGGCCCCAACAAUGGGAAGUGAAUAACAGCUAUCUUUACUUGCAGCUCAUACCAGUAUUAUCCUUUUAUGUAUUAAUUGCCUCCAUUCUUCUAUUCUUCACAAAUGUCAUUAUUUUGAAAAGAAGCUGGACAAGCUAAAGAUUGUUUGAAGCUUCUUACGGCAGCCACCAGAAAACUGCCUUCAUGCCGUUUUUGGUCAAGCAUGCACUCUCAUGGACUUAAGCCAAAUGCGCAAAUAUUUGAAAUUCAUCACACAUCCCAAUAUAAUGUCUAGUGAAAUCUGGUUGUCCAUCUGGCCCAACUGUAAUUGGAUCCUCUAAAAGGUUGCUGUCAGAAAUUACUAUGAGAGUAUAGGAAUGAUGAAUUGCUGCACCGGAGCUCUUAAAUACACAGCAAGUGGAGUGAAAUGGAAGGAAAGAAAAGGAAGAGGUGUAUGUGUGUAAAUGGCCGGUAGACACCAUAAACCACAUGAAUAGAACUGUUUUAGGGCGAAAAAGAGAACUACAUACUAGACCAGGCAGCUGAAUACACCAACUCAAUAGCAUCAGCUCACCAAACACCAUAUCAACCACCUUUCUCAUUUUCUCUUUUUGCCUCCGGAAGACCCUGACAACCACUCUAGGAAACACAGAGAAUCCUGGCUGACUGGGGCUUACGGAUGUGGCCAGGACCAUGAAUGCAUGAUUCCAUCUCAACCUGGGUGCAGAUUGAGGGUCUGAGGCCGUAGAGGGACUUGUGAAUGUGAAGAAGGAGCUAGACACGCCUCGUGUUUCAAAUCAAGAUAUUUGGCAUGCAACAAGAAAAAUCUAAACAUUUAGCGUAGUAUUAUCAUGAACGUAAUGUAUCUUCGUAUUAUUUUGAAAGAGGUAUAUUGCAAAUGGUUUGCAGCUGUAACAGAACAGCAAAGAAAAUUUCGGAAGAGCUUUGCUGAAUGUCUCGUUAUCGAAAUUCAAGGGGAAUGACCUGAGAGAAGCAGUUUAGCAUUUAGAUGUUAACUCACCCCUGCUUCUCACAACCCUUCGACUGGCUCCAGUGACAGCAGCCUGACAUCGGGGGAAGGGCUAAGUACAAUCAUGGUGCGCAAUUGGAAUGUACUAUUAUUGUUUAUCUCUCUCAUCAUCUUUAUUCAUCUGUUAUUAUAUGUUACUGUUAAGAGCUUGAGUUUAAUAACUUAUUUAUUUUAUUAUCCUCCUGGAUGUCCAAUUGUCCAAAACAAUAGAAAUGGUCAAUAGUUAAUAAAAGUAGAAGGGGAACAGCAGCCGAGUAGCAGCGUUCUGUACUGAACUUGGAGACUGAUUCGCGUUGACCUCUUCUUGACUUUUGGAAUAGUAUUUUGCUGGAAAUUUGUUUUUCACAUGCAAGAUUGCUUCUUUAUAGGCAAUAGAGCUUAAUCAUGGUGUUUAUGCUUAGAUUUAAUCAAUCGACCUCAGUGCUAAACUGUACACUGACAAAUUUAAUCCCAAAGCUACAAUAGCCUAAUAGGACAAUCAACUCAUUUUCGGGAGAGACCCUAGGGGAAGACAUGGGCUACAUGGGCUACAACAAGCAAGCCAUGUCUGAUUUCUGGUUUCAGACUAGUGGUAGGAACAUGUGUUUCAGCUAUUGUCAGCAUAACUCUGGGAUAGUGCUAAUAUACAUCAUAAGUUUAUUCUUGUCACAGGAAUACGUUUUUCUUUACUCCUUUUUGUGCACAAUGUGUCUCUCCCACCUUCUCAGUUCACUGUGUAGUAUCAAUAGUCCUGGGCCUUGACCCCGGUGGGUUGGAUACAUUGUGUCAGAUAAUCCAAAGACUUUGUAUAACAAUAUAUUCAUACCAAAAAGAUUAACCACGGAAAUUACCUUGCUCAUUUUCAUCAUCCCACUGUUCCAACUGAUGAUUUGGAGUGAAUGUUCCUCCUUUGAUGCCAAAACAGCCAAAAAUAUGAGGAGAACAGAAAUGCAAUUAGUUCCAUUCAUAGGAGUAUGUGGUAUAGACCAUACAAAAAUGCAGAUUGGUGGUUACUUUUGUGUGCGCUGCGUGUGUGCAGUGAAUGCUUGUGCACAUUUCCUGAAUAGAUACAACCUUGUUUCCAAAAAGAUGGGAUGCUGUGUAAAAUGUAAAUAAAAACAGAAUGCAAUGAUUUGCAAUAGAAACCCAUAUUUAAUGGAAAAGAUAACGAAGACAAUGCCUCAGAUGUUGAAGCUGAGACAUUUUUUUUGUUUUAUGACAAACAUAUGCUCAAUUUGAAUUUGAUGCCUGCAACACAUUUCAAAAAAGGAGCAACAAUGAGCAACGAAAGACUGGAAAAUUGUGUGAUGCUAAAACAAAACAGCUGGUUGGAUAUCUCACAACUAACUAGGUCAAUUGUCAACAGGGCAGUAAGUAGAUAUUAAAAGAGCCGCCCAGAGAGGCAGAGUAUCACUACAGCGAAGACAGGGAGAGAUUUGCUGCUCUCUGAAAGACUGGGUGGGCAAAUAUUGCAACAGUUUAAGAAUAAUGAUCCUCAACGUAUUAUUGGAAAGAAUUUGGGAAUUAUAAAGAAUCCGAAGAAAUCUUUGUAUGCUAGGGACAAGACCAGAAACUGAUAUUGAAUAGCCGUGAUCUUCAUGUCCUCAGGCAGCACUGUGUUAAAAACAAAGAUUCUAUAGUGGAAAUCACUGCAUGGGCUCAGGAACACUUCCCAAAACUAUUGUCUGUGAACAUAGUUUGUUGCUGCAUCCAUAAAUGCAGGAUGAAACUCUGCUAGGCAAAGAAACCGUAUAUAAACAUGACCCAGGAACACCGCCGACUCAUUUAAGAUUGAAACAAAUUGGAAAAGUGUCUUGUGGUCUGAUCAAAAUCAAAAUUUCAAAUUCUUUUUGGAAAUCAUGGAUGGCAUAUCCUUCAGGCUAUAGAGGAGAGGGACCAUCCAUUUUAUUAUCAGUGGACAGUUCAAACGCCAGCAUCCAUGGUGGUAUGGGGCUGCAUUAGUAACUAUGGUUUUGGCAGCUUGCGUAUCAGGGAUCAUUACUGCUGACUGAAAUAUACACGUUUUUGGAACAACACGUCUUUUUUCAGAGAAGGCUUGAUGUAUUUCAACAGGACAAUGCUAAAGCGCAUUCUGCAUACAUUACAAUAGCAAGGUUCCGUAGUAGAAGAGUCUGGGUCCUAGACUGGCCUGCCUGCAUUCCAGACCAGUCACCCACUAAAAAUAUCUGGCACAUCAUGAAAUGAAAAAUACGACAAAGGAGACACUGAACCGUUGAGUAGUUCAAAUCCUAUAGCAGCUAAGAAUGGAUGACGUUUUACUGUCAGAAGUCCAACAACUGGUCUCCUCAGUUACCAAAUGUUUACACCAUGUUGUUAAAAGAGGUGACGUAGCACAGUGGUCAACAUACCCGUCCCAACUUUUUUGAAACGUGUUGCUGACAUCAUUCAAAUUGACCAUAUAUUUGUCAUGAAACAAUAACAUUUGUAGUUUUCAGCAUUUGUCACAUUCUCUUUGUUGUAUGUUCAGUUAAAUAUGGGUUUAUACGAUUUGUAAAUCAUUGCUUUCUGUUUUUAUUAACACUUUACAUAGCGACCCAAUGUUUUGCAAACGGGAUUGUAAAAUCCAUCCAUCCAUCCAUUUUCCAAACCACUUAUCCUACUGGGUCGCGGGGGGUCCGGAGCCUAUCCCGGAAGCAAUGGGCACGAGGCAGGGAACAAUCCAGGAUGGGGGGCCAGCCCAUCGCAGGGCUGCACACCUACGGGCAAUCUAGCAACUCCAAUUAGCCUCAGCACGUUUUUGGACUGUGGGGGGAAACCGGAGUGGGAUUGUAAUAUCUCAAGAUAAAAUCAACCCAAAUAGCUACUUAACUGAAUUAUGUAAUUCUAAAUUAUAUGAACAUACUUCAAUGUCAGAAAGACAUACAGAUACAUUAUUGUUGUUUGCUUGUUUGGGUGUGAGUGUGUUUGUAUGUGUGGAUAGUAUGAUAGUAUAGAGCUGUCAUUACUGAUUUUUCUCCCUUCAACAAACAUCAUCCCAAACAAUUAGGACUAUUUAUGAAUUAAUUUAAUGUGAGAAUGAAUAAUCAUUCAUACAACUUGCUGUAAUUUUUUUCUGUUAGAUAAUUCCUUCUGGUUCACAGAACAUAUAUUAUUAUUUCAUUGUAAAAAUUACCUGACUUGUACAUUAAAGUGAAGGAGAAUGGGAAGGACUGACGAUAGUUAUUAAUUCCAACAAUAAAGAUUUUAUAAUAGACAAGGGCACUUUUACAAAAUAGUUGAAGUGGUUUUAGGGAACAUGGUAAACAACUCGUCCAUGUUAACUAGAAUCAUUUCACUUUAAACUGUCCACAUCUAUGUAUCAAGAUUAUGUGGAAAUGUAUGAUGUUUGCUUUCACUUAUUACCAUUAUAUUUGUAAGUGUUUAUAACCACCAGGACUGUGCAUAUGCAUCUCAGGUAUUUGUGAGGAUACGCAGCAUGUUAUUUGGGUGCACUAAUCUGUGCAUAUGUCUGUCUUCCUUGGGCGAUGCGCCCGUGCACUUGAACAAAGAUUGCUGUUUGUCUGCAAGGGCAGAACUGAUGAAGAACUUACUUGGAGCUGAGGGUCAUCAAACCUAGAGAAGAAGAUUGCCCUCUGCUGUUACUCCUCUCCAGCUCAGAAGGACACUCUCCACGAAAAGGGAGAAUACUGGAAUGUUUACAUUGUUAAUGUUGACAAUGACAAAACAAUCAAUAAAGGAAGCUGUUUUCUGCUCAGU